CAGUGAUUUCUUCAACCAAAGGAAUCAUUGUGGCAUCCCCCGUUUCCUUCCAAACGAGUCCUCCGUUCGAUGAGGUCUGCCUUAAAGUUUGUCGUCCAUUGAAAACCAAGCUGCUAUACACGUAUUCUCGAAUCUCGAGUAAACUCAGACCCAUGGCUGGAUUCUUGGACGAAGCGCACAACCCCGACGAUGUGCUACUCGACUUCCGAACCGCUUUCCAUGGGAGUGUGUUCGAGGAGCACCACGUGCUCCCAAUUCAAGUGGCCAGCCUGAAGUCGUUCGAAUGUUUCAGUGUGGGCAGGAGUCGCAGGACCAGGUGCUUCAUCGGGCGAUUAUGUAAAUUCCUGAUGAGCCCAGGAAAUGCGGAUCUGCUGAAGAGCGACCGCGACACUUUCAUUGACAAGUUCAGUGGGUGCUUUAUCAGAUACUUGUGCAGCGCAGAUAUGUCCUUCGCUUGUGUAAUGGUAGACUUGGCUAAGGAUUUAUUGGAGGAAUCCCCUGAAUUCUUUGAGGAGAUUUCAAAAAAAGCAGAUCUUGGCGGUGAUGACAAUCGGGAAAAAAGCUAUAGGGAGUUCAAUAACCGAUUGGCAGGGUUUGCACUCUCUCACUCCCAUGAUUACUUGGGUAAAAUGUUCCGUCGGUCAGGGAUUGAUGUAGCGCAGGAGAGUGACAUGGCUCUCGCCGGCGAAAUGUUUGACUUUUGCAGAAACUCGCAACAGCUGACUACAUGGGAAGGUCCCCAUAACAUUCCGCAUGCCAUGGUUCAUUUUAUCGAUUUCGACAUGGUGGGAGAGAAUGACGAGCGCUUUCCCUUGCGGAUGCGCAUGAUCAGUUACGCCCCGUAUUGUUUGGAUUGGGGCUGGUUUGCUGAGGUGCGAGAUCGUGAGAACGACAUCCUGAUCGCCCGAGCCGAUGGUUCAGGUCGGCGUCGGCAGACACGACUCGAAAUCGUCGCUGCAAACGCUGUUAAACAACGUUAUAAGCCCCACGGAGAUGUUGCUGCACUGACAAGGACAUCGGGGUACUUCAACAAACCCUUCUUUACUGGGGAGCCUGAAAGACGUGACUUUAAGUUGUGUGACGAGGACUUCUAUGAUGAGAGUGAUGGCCGUCAAACCCGUGUCUUCUCAAGAAUACCGACCGAGGAGAAGGAACUUAUACUGGAUAUCUUAUGUUGUCUUCGCAAAAACUCCUUUUGCAGAUCCCAUGACCAUUUUAUUUCCUAUUCUACUAGAAUGGAGUUUGAGCGUUUAAUUCCCGUCGCUGCCAAGUUGUCUCGUCUCCAUUUUAUGAGCAAUCACUUGGAUGGGGAUUUUGAUAAUGAUAACGACAGCUUUGACUCUUUUGUGAGGAGGCAUGAGCUGUGUACGUCAACAUUAGAAGAGGCUCAGCAAAGGGACCAUGAACGAUCUCAAGAGAAUCCCAAUCGCUUUCAUCACGAGACACUUCGAUUGCUGCUGGAAGCCCCAAAAAUCAAAGGGGAGGAAGUCAUAAUCAAAGUCAGGAAUGUGAAGGAUAACACCGAUGAGGAAGUGACCGCCUGGGCAUACCCAAAAGACAAGAUUGGGGAGGANGACAAGAUUGGGGAGGAAGUCAUAAUCAAAGUCAGGAAUGUGAAGGAUAACACCGAUGAGGAAGUGACCGCCUGGGCAUACCCAAAAGACAAGAUCGCCAACACCAACGCGACAUAUGAGAAGCCUGCUCUCAUCUUCUACUUCUCCAACGCCGGGGCAAGACUCUCCCCCAUCGAGAAAAGGAAAUGGAUGGUGAAAACCAUUCAAGAACACGAGAACAUCAAAACAGAGGUCGACAAGUUCUCCCUGCUUGGUCUGGGUAGAACCAUGAUGAUCGUGGUCUUUAAAGACGCAUAUCAAGCAACGCACAUGCUGGAGAAAUGCAAAGCCUUGAACUGCAAUGGAUCUGUCUGCACCCUUUCACUCUGGAAACCGGAGACAGCCCAGCGAGCUGAAGUCCUACAAACAGCGAUUGAUGAGGGAGAAGUUCUGGGUACAAUUUGACAACAUCCCACCCAAAGGCCAUCCCCUGAUUAAGGACCGGUUGGAAGUCGAAUACCCCGCAAACAAAGUGUUAAAAUGGGU